UCGUUUCCAUAGAUCGGAGCCACUCCACUCAAGUAGGAUAUACGUCAACAUUCGGAAAGCAUUUUUUCUCCUUGAUCCGCCGCCGCACACGUGUCAUGUCACUUGACGACUUGUGAGUGUGUAGGCGUGUCGAGUUGGAGAUCCUCCUCAGUUUUGGUUCUCUCUUCUCUUCUUUCCACUUCACUUCACUUCGCUCACUCCACUCUGAAUGAUAUCAUGGGACUUCCCCCAGAGGACCGAACGGCUUUUAUAAAAAGCCGCUCUGUGCAAUCUGACAGUCAAUAAACGCACAAGGAAGGAAGACAAACUCCCCGAAAGAGAACAACUGAGUGAUCGAACAAUGGAAGGCGACUGUCAAGUGACUCUUUUUGCAGCCGUGGAUGCAGAAUCAAAGAAGUUGUCAAGACAGGCUGCCAAAGGUGGCGCAAAGCUUACCAUGGCCGUUUGGGCUUUGGCAUUAUUCCUGGCCGCCGCCGCCGCUGCCGCUUUUCUCAUCUUCAACAUGCACACCAAGAAGCCCGGACGAGAUGACGGCAGUUUUGAUAUUCAUCACACUCUGCGUCAACUCUCCCAACGGGCCGACGCCGUCAGAGCCGCCGUUCACUUAACAGGACAGUACAAUCCUAAUUUUGCCAACUCGGUGCAAUGGAUGAAUCAGGUGGACCCAUCCCACUCCCAAGGAGGUCUGGAGCUCCAGGACAACCAGAUUAUCAUCCCCGAAGCCGGCCUCUACUUUGUUUACAGUCAAGUCUCAUUUCGGGUCAGUUGCGGCCUGGACGACGACGACGCCGCUGCCGCCGCCGGGCCGGCCACGUCCAUGGUUCACCUGACGCAUCGAGUCAGACGCUGGUCCAGCUCGUUCGGCAACGACGAAUACCGCACCAUCCUGCACUCGGUCCGGACGGCCUGCCAAAAAACAGCCGACGGCGAGCAAGAGGGCGGCUGGUACUCGGCCGUGUACGUGGGAGCCGUGUUCAACCUGAACAGAGGAGACAGGUUGAAGACGGUGACGGAGAAAAUGCUGCCGAACCUGGAGGAAGAGGCCGGCAAGACGUUCUUUGGCGUCUUUGCCUUGUGAAAACAUGCCAAGCGGGAGGGAGGGACCAAAUUGACGGUAACGUUGCCAUCCCGUGGAACAGAGGCAGCAAAGCUCACUGCAAGGGUAGAAGGAAUGGGGGUGCGGAAAAGCAAUCACAUCACACCCAUCCUCCGUUCUCUGCACUGGCUCCCCAUCAAAUUCCGAAUUGAUUAUAAGAUCGCCCUCCUCACUCACCAUUGUAUCCUUGGACAUGCUCCCCCAUACCUCAAAGAACUCCUUGCCCCAAAACCUGCCACCCGAAGCCUCCGCUCAUCCAAUUCACACCUUCUCCACGUUCCUAAAACCAAGCUGCGCACCAUGGGCGACCGAGCCUUCUGCUAUACAGCCCCUACACUGUGGAACUCCCUCCCCGACCACCUAAGAGCACCCCAAUCCACUGACUCUUUCAAAACUGGACUUAAAACUCACCUUUUUACCUUAGCAUUUCCGUAAUUUUUCCUCAUAUCUUGGUUGUCGUCCAGUUGUUCUAAACUUGUCCUUGUUUUGUUUUCUUGUUUUUUUAUCUGCCAUGUAGCACUUUGAGAUUCCCCCAAAUGUAAAGUGCGUUAUAAAUAUAAUUUAUUAUUAUUAUUAUUAUUAAGGAAUGUAUCUCUGAAAAUACAUACCUGGGGAUUUAUUAGCUUACGUACGUACUGUGUACAAUCAAGUAAGUGUCAGUACCUUUUGCUGUACUACCAUGCACGACUCGAUGGGUCUAUCAACACCAUCAGAGGAUUUGUCAAACUGCUAUACUAUACUUCCAUGUAUUUAUUCAAUCUAUUUAUUUCAUUAUUUAUUUCAUUAUUUAUUUGUGUAGGUUUCGAUGACUUCAACUGGAAGUCAUUUCUUUGUCAAACUGCUAUACUAUACUUCCAUGUAUUUAUUCAAUCUAUUUAUUUCAUUAUUUAUUUGUGUAGGUUUCGAUGACUUCAACUGGAAGUCAUUUCUUUGUUGUAGUGAUUAUUGAAUAAAUGAUUGCUUCAAACUGAAA